AUGUAUCGGAAGUUGUCUAAGUUAGAACACUCGGAAAUAAAACAACUUCUUACAGAAGCUAAUAUAGAUGUUGCAAAGCAUUACGCAACAAACAAAAAAGCACUCGCUGACAUCCUCAAUGACUAUAAUGGUGCAAUAAGUUAUGAUAGAAUUCAUGAGUUCAUAAAGCCGCAACGCGGCGAGGACGAAGUCCAUGCAAGAGCAUUUCCUUUAAAUGACAUUGCUAUUGACUUAUAUCAUAGACGUUCAGUACCUCAUGAAGUAAGAAGAGAAAUGUUUGACAUAACAAAUGCAAACGUUGGUGAAACACGAAAGAGAGACGACACACUGAAACAACAGAGAAGAGAGAUGUUUAAAAGUGCUAUAGAACAAGUUCGCAAAGCUAACGAUGUCAUUCGUUCCAUUGACGACAAACCAAAAGAAGGUGAGAGAUGGUUAAAGAAAGAUGAAGAGAAUAGGAAGAGAAAU